CGCCUGCGCAGGGCUGCUCCCGCCCCUUCCCCGCUACGCCGAGCGGCUCCGCGUGCGGUGAUGGCGGGCGCUGGCAGCCAGGUAAAUGCUGGGGAGGAAAAAAAGGCAGACUGCGGAAAGAAGAAAAUGAAAGAAGGGGCCGGUGAUGGAGGGAGGGCGGAGCUGAAUCCCUGGCCUGCAUUUAUCAAUGAACGUUUAGAAAUGUACAAUAAACUUAAAGCUGAACAUGAUGGCCUCCUUGCAGAAAGAGCUGCAAAUGAUAGCAAACCCAUUAAAGUUAUGCUACCUGAUGGCAAGCAGGUUGAUGCUGAAUCUUGGAAGACUACUCCUUAUCAGAUUGCUUGUGGAAUUAGUCAGGGCUUAGCUGAUAACACUGUUAUUGCUAAAGUGAACAAGAUGGUUUGGGAUCUAGACCGUCCUUUGGAGGAGGAUUGUACCCUGGAGCUGCUUAAGUUUGAAGAUGAAGAAGCUCAAGCAGUGUACUGGCACUCAAGUGCUCACAUAAUGGGUGAAGCGAUGGAACGUAUCUAUGGUGGCUGCUUGUGCUAUGGCCCACCAAUAGAAAAUGGAUUUUAUUAUGACAUGUUCCUUGAGGAAGGAGGUGUAUCAAGUAAUGACUUCUCUGCUUUGGAAACAUUGUGCAAAAAGAUAAUGAAGGAAAAACAAGCCUUUGAAAGACUGGAAGUUAAAAAGGAAACACUACUUGAAAUGUUUAAGUAUAAUAAAUUCAAGUGUCGUAUCCUGAAGGAGAAGGUCAAUACUCCAACUACAACCGUAUACAGGUGUGGUCCCUUGAUAGAUCUGUGCAGAGGACCUCAUGUUAGACAUACUGGCAAGAUAAAAACCAUAAAAAUUCAUAAGAAUUCUUCUACCUAUUGGGAAGGCAAGGCUGAUAUGGAAUCCCUCCAGCGGAUCUAUGGAAUUUCGUUCCCAGAUGCAAAAAUGCUGAAGGAAUGGGAGAAAUUCCAGGAGGAGGCUAAAAACAGAGAUCAUAGAAAAAUUGGGCGGGACCAAGAACUGUUUUUCUUUCAUGAACUCAGCCCUGGUAGCUGUUUUUUCUUGCCAAAAGGAGCUUACAUCUAUAACACAUUAAUUGAAUUCAUCCGGAGCGAGUAUCGGAAACGUGGAUUCCAGGAGGUAGUGACUCCAAAUGUUUUCAAUAGCAAACUAUGGAUGACUUCAGGACACUGGCAGCAUUACAGUGACAACAUGUUUUCGUUUGAAGUAGAGAAAGAAAUCUUUGCUCUCAAGCCUAUGAACUGUCCAGGACACUGCCUUAUGUUUGAUCAUCGUCCAAGAUCAUGGCGUGAGCUGCCAUUACGAUUGGCUGAUUUUGGUGUUCUGCAUCGAAAUGAACUGUCAGGAGCUCUUACAGGACUCACUCGAGUACGUCGGUUCCAGCAGGAUGAUGCUCACAUAUUCUGUGCAAUGGAGCAGAUUGAAGAGGAGAUAAAGAGUUGUCUGCAGUUCUUGCGUACUGUGUAUGAUGUCUUUGGAUUUUCCUUUAAACUGAACCUGUCCACUCGUCCUGAAAAGUACCUGGGAGAUAUUGAAGUGUGGAAUCAAGCUGAGAAGCAACUUGAAAACAGCCUCAAUGAUUUUGGUGAGAAGUGGGAGUUAAACCCUGGUGAUGGAGCUUUCUAUGGCCCUAAGAUUGACAUUCAAAUUAAAGAUGCCAUUGGCCGCUACCAUCAGUGUGCUACAAUCCAGCUUGACUUCCAGCUGCCAGUCAGAUUUAACCUCACUUUUGUUAGCCAUGAUGGUAAUGACAAGACAAGACCAGUUAUCAUUCACCGGGCUAUCCUGGGAUCUGUGGAGAGAAUGAUCGCCAUUCUAACUGAAAACUAUGGAGGCAAAUGGCCACUCUGGCUGUCUCCACAGCAGGUAAUGGUGGUACCAGUUGGACCAACAUGUGAUGAUUAUGCUCAAAAGGUCAGGCAGCACUUCCACAAUGCUGGAUUAAUGGCGGAUGUUGAUGUAGAUCCAGGGUGCACACUGAACAAGAAAAUCAGAAAUGCUCAGCUUGCACAGUAUAACUUUAUUCUAGUUGUUGGUGAGAAGGAGAAGGCGAGUGGAACAGUGAACAUCCGCACCAGGGAUAACAAGGUGCAUGGUGAGCGUACGAUUGCAGACACUGUGGAGAGACUACUGGAACUGAAACGCUCUCGCUCCAGACAAGCUGAAGAGGAAUUUUAACACCAUCUACUCUGCCUGACAUUAAAAAAAAAAAGGCAACAAUUUUUUUCUAAUUCAUUUAACCACAGAGUUUGUAAUAUGUUUCACAUUGGACCUCACACUCAUUUUAGCAGAAAUUUUUGAUAGUCAAAAAAAUUCGUUUUUGCAAAAAUCAAAUUUUCACUAACUUUAAAUUCCCUGGCCUUUGGCUACUGGGAGAUGCAGCAAGGUGAAAAGACCUUUUGUGUCCACAAGAGAAAAUGCAAAUGUUUAGCAGAAUGCCCUUAUCAUUCCAUCUACUUUCCGAAGUAAAUAGAUUUUGAUAACAAAUGACUUUCAUGAAAGCUAAUGUAAAGACCUCAAGUUUAAGCAACCACUUAAAAACCACGUGCUGCAGCAGCUUUUGGAUUGUCUCCUUUAGCAAGGAAAGUGAUAUACAUACAGUCCUGUCUGCUGCCCCUAGACCACAUUAAUACAUUAACUUAAAGCAGUUCCCAUUCCCGUGAAUGGGAAAAUGAACAGAAGUCUUCCACAGCUGUUGGUGCCUCUGGAGUUAUCUCAGCUCUCACUGUAUGGCACUCCUUAUGUGAGGCCAUCUGCCACAAAGUACUAAGCUGCUAACCAAAGCCAGUUAUACUCACUUCCAAAGGCAAGCUCUACUGCUAACAUAAUAGCUGUAGAAAGGGGAUACGACUGUCUGGAAGAAGUAGGGCAUAGCAGGGCCAAGGAAGCAGCUGAAAUAAAGACAGAAAUCAUGGGGAUAGAGUUUCUGUUGUCAACUCUGAGCUGUGCUUUACAGAAGUGUGUGGAUGUCACACCAGAAAUUAAUGUAGUGAAGCUGAAAAGAAUGAGUUUUUAAAGACAUGCUGUUUUUCAGCUCAUUAGAUACAGCCCUCUCCAGCAGAAAACUUCCCAAGCUUUUAGUCAGGGCAUCACAGAUUAGCAGCUGCUGUCUGACAGUUGAGGAAUCUCAUCAACUGGUUUUGGAUUGGGAUUUUUUUUUUUUCUGCACACCUGGCUGACAAGAGGCAAAUACCUGUUGCUGACAAAAAAUAAAGUCAUAGUCUGAGGUU